GAAAUUACCCGCCCCCCGCAAAAAACACGACCCGUUCUUUCUCUCUCCUCAAACUUUCUCUCUCUAAACAAACUUUCUCUCUCUAAACUGCGAAAAUCGAACUUUGAAGAAACACGAUAAUAAAAAAAAAUUAAUCGAAACCCUAACCCUAAAUCGAUAAACUUAUCCUCUCCUUUCGUCUUCCUCUGCGCGUAAUAUCUCUGCGCUUUCUCUUCUCCGUUCUUAUCUUUUUCUCCCUUUUCUGGUUUUGUUUGUGGAAGGGAUAUUUGAUUUUUCUUGAAGGUGGUGGAAAAAUUAGGGUUAGGGUUUGUAAAUGGGAUUUCCGAGGGGUGGUGGAAUUUGAUGACCGAUAAUAGCCGAUGUCAGGGACUGAAGAAGAUGAUGGGUAGGGGAGCCGAAGGGGGCUGUGGAACGGAGGAGAAGGCGUGUCCGGUGACUAGAAGUUCGCCGCCGGCGAGUUCUCCGGCGCCGGUGUCCUCGCCGGAAAAUUUGGAAAAAGUUAAUUCGGGUGUGGACUUGUAUUCGCAGGCAUUCAAGGUUUUGUCAGAGCGUUCACCGUUUGAUUCAGAUGAAGUAUUGGCAAAAACAGUUGCCACACUUCCCAGUGGGCUGGCAGGGUUGUUGUCGAAGCAAUCUGAUAGUAAGAAGAAGCAUAAACGGCCACAUUCUGAAACCAAGUCGUCUCGAAAAGGCUCAACAGAGAAGAGUAAGAGCUCUCGUCUAUGGACUGGGUUAGAGGAUUACUUCAGGGAGCUCACAUUGCCAGAUAUUGAGAGGUUGUAUCGAUACUCUCCUUCGUUCAACUCGAUAUUGAAUAGUAGUACUAGUAAUUCAUCCUUAAAAGUUCCAGUUUUAGGAAAUGGUGUUAGGACUAGUAGUGAUAAUGAUAAUGUCAGUAAGAUUGAAAAUAGACACGCAAAUGCUGCUACAGCUGCUGCAGUUAAGGACGAGGAGCAAGAUGAGGUUCUGGAUGCCAAUGUUCCAUUGUUGGAUACUGGAGCUUUGCAAGAUAAAGAGGAGUUUGAUAAGCUUCAUGAUGUGAAAGUAGAGAAUGGAAGUAGGGAUAGUUUAAGUGUAGAGAAGAAGGGUCCUUUCCCUGAGUAUUCUUUACAGUCGUGUAGCAGUAUGGAAUGGGUUUUAGGUUCUAGGAACAGGGUUUUGUUGACGACAACACGUCCUACAAAGAAAAGGAAGCUUUUGGGUGUUUCCGCAGGGUUGGAAAGACUUAUGGUUGCUCAACCUUGUGAAGGGAGUUCCAGCUUAUGCCAUGUUUGUAGUAUGGGAGAAACAGGGGAUCUAUUGAACCAGUUAGUUGUUUGCAAUAUGUGUAAUGUUGCAGUUCAUCAGAAAUGUUAUGGUGUGCAAGGAGAGGUAGAUGGCUCCUGGUUGUGUUCCUGGUGUAAGCACAAGGUUAAUGCUAGAGCUGGACCUUCAUCAGGAAAUGAUAUACCGUGUGUUCUUUGUCCGAAAAGUGGAGGGGCUUUGAAACCCUUUCAGAAUGCAAGGAGUGGUGAUGGCGGGUCGGUUGAGUUUAGUCACCUGUUUUGUAGUAUGUGGAUGCCUGAAGCUUACAUAGACGAUACCAGACUGAUGGAGCCAGUGCUAUGUCGUGGAAUGAAGGAUGUUCGGGGAAAGUUAGUUUGUAAUUUAUGCAAAAUGAAGCUCGGUUCUUGUGUCCGAUGCAGUGAUGGAUCUUGCAGAACUUCAUUCCAUCCUCUUUGUGCAAGGGAGGCAAAAAAUAAACUUGAGAUUUGGGGAAGGUUUGGUUGCGAUGAUAUUGAACUGCGGGCCUUUUGUGCUAAACAUUCUGGGAAUUUAGAUCUUGAUGACAGUGUUGCUUUAGAGAGUCAUGAACAGAAUCAUACAGUUGGCAGUGAUUCGCUUGGUUCCUCAAUCGAAUCGGCUCUAUUGCCGGGGAACAAAAUAAAGAAGCUGAAAAUAGGCUGUAAAAAUGGAGAUAAAGUUACCUUUCAGAUGAGAAUAUCAGAUGCUAAGUCAAAUGAUUUGGGAGUAAGGGAGCGCCAGGAUACGGGGAUUAAAGAUGCAGAUUCCAACACAAAGCUUAAAUCAGGAUCAGGUGUUGAGGAGUACGAAGAUGUGUCAACUCAGUUAAGUGAUAUAGGCUUAGGUGGCACAGGUGACGAUGUCAAAACAUCUCGCGUUCUUGAUCUUGGCCUGGUUCUGAAGAAGCUAAUACAUCGUGGAAAAGUGAGUUUGAAACAAAUUGCUGCUGAAAUCGGCAUUCAAGAGGCUUCAUUGGCAUCAAGACUCGCUGACAAUCACUUGAGCCCUGAUUUGUAUUGCAAGCUAUUAAAAUGGCUUAAAGGUCGAUCUUAUCUGGAUACUGCCGAAAAGGAUUGGAGGGCUAAACUUAGCUGCUUGGUGCCAUCGAAAGCCGAGUUAAAAACUGAUGAUAAUACUGAUGCUGUUGCUGUGAGAGACUUGGAUAUUUCAGAUGUUCCUGUCAAGUCAGUUCCUCCUAGGAGGAGGACAGUUGGAAACAUCAGAAUUCUGAAGGAGGACAAUGCUGUAUCCUUGUGCAUUGAUAAAAGUCUUGGUAAUGGUUUAAUAACUAAGGAGGGAACAGAUCCUGAAGAUACGAUUGCUGAACACGAUAAUUUGAAUAAAGAUUCAAAUUUAGAUGGCAUGGAAGAGAUAAUGGUUGAGACUAAUGGUUUCGGGCAUCCCACGGCAGAACCUUCACCUACAUCUGAUAGUACUCUGUUGAAACCAAAUAGCCUAUUUGAUGCUGAACGUAAUGGAGCAGAAGAGGGUACUUCUUCCGGAAAGAGUUCAUUGUUGGAUUUGGACCAGGAGACUCCUUCCUGUUCUUCUGCUUACAGAGUUGGUGAUUGUGAUGGAAAUAUCGAACCUGGAAUUAAUUCUUCUGUGCAACCUUACAACCAGAAGAAAUUGGAUGAAGAGCAAAGUUUGCUUAGCCGGAGAACCCCUGAUUUUAAUGGUUGUAUAGACCGGGAGCCCUUGGCUAUGGAGCAGACCUUAAGUGUAAAAAAGAAAUUUCCAGCUUGUAUUGACGAGGUCGAUGGAGGUGAAGGAAUGAAGUUAGAGGACUUGCGUAAGGCUGAUGAGGUGGUUGUUUCUGACUUCUCUCCGGAGAAUGAUGUGCAAAGAGAGAUUAUCUUUUUUCAGCAGCAAUUGUCACACAAUGCUGUUGCUCUAAAGAAUCACAGUGAUCAGCUAGUUUGCAAGAUUGUCGAAAAAUUGCCAAAUGAAAUGGAUUCAGUACGGAAGCGUAGAUGGGAUUCUGUCCAUGUUAACCAAUACAUAUAUGAGCUUAAAGAAGCGAGGAAGCAGGGUAGGAAAGAGAGAAGGCACAAAGAAGCCCAAGCUGUACUAGCUGCUGCUACUGCUGCUGCCGCUGCUUCAUCUAGAGUUUCUUCUUUGAGGAAAGAUGCUGUCGACGAAUCUUCACAGCAAGAGAAUCAGUUGAAGGUGGAAAUUGGCAGGGUUCGUGGAAGCCUGUCAUCGUUAUCAGUUCCACGUGCAAAGGUUUCCAACCCUAGUUUGGAUGUUCCCAAGGCUAUAUCAGACGGAUACUCUGAUAGGUUCCAGCUUUCUUCUGGGACACCUAAAGAACAUCCCAAAUCAUGCGACAUAUGUAGACGUUCUGAGAGUUUACUGAAUCCUAUAUUAGUCUGUUCUAGCUGUAAGGUUGCAGUUCAUUUAAAUUGUUAUCGCAGUGUCAAGGAAUCUACAGGUCGCUGGUACUGCGAGUUAUGUGAAGAAUUAUCUUCGUCCAAGGUUUCUAGAGCUACUGUAGUUAAUUCUUGGGAGAAGCCUAAUUCUAUUGAAGAAUGUGGAUUAUGUGGGGUUUCACAUGGCGCGUUUAGAAAAUCAAGCAAUGAUCAAUGGGUCCAUGCAUUCUGUGCUGAGUGGGUGUUUGAUUCAACCUUCAAAAGAGGUCAAGUGUCUCCUGUUGUAGGAAUGGAAACUGUGCUGAAGGGGAAUGAUGUGUGUUCUGUAUGUCAUAAGAGAUUUGGCGUCUGCAUAAAGUGCAAUUUUGGCAAUUGUCAGUCCACAUUCCAUCCGUCAUGUGCUAGAUUUGCUGACUACUAUAUGUACACCAAAUACAUGGGUGGAGGCAAGAUGCAGCAUAAAGCUUAUUGCAGUAAGCACAGCUUGGAGCAAAGAACAAAAGCUGACACUCUGAAGCAUGGUGUUGAAGACCUGAAAAUCGUUAAACAACAUCGGGUUGAGCUGGAAAAGUUACGUCUCCUUUGUGAGAGGAUUGUCAAACGGGAAAAGUUGAAGCGAGAGAUGGUUCUUUGUAACCAUGACGUUUUUGCUUCAAAACGUGACUCUUUGGUUGUCUCGAUGCUUGUACGCCGUCCCUUCUCAUCACUUGAAAGUUCCGAUUCAGCUACUACCUCCCUUAUGGGGCAUGUGGAUGGUUCUAGGUCAUGCAGCGAUGCAAUGCAAAGAUCUGAUGACAUCACUGUUGACAGUGCAGUGUCAGCAAAGCGGUGUAUCAGGGUUCUGCGGUCUAUAGAUAACGAUCAAAAGACUGAAGAUAGUUCAACAUCACAUAAUCUUUCUACACCAAAGCCUACGGACAGGGUGUCAUUUGCUGGUAAGCAAAUUCCUGUUAGAGCAGCCUUGACAAGUCGUAAUUAUUCAAACAACAUGGAGAAUACACUAAACUCCAGAAAGCACCUUGAAACAUUUGAGAAAGAGCUGGUAAUGACAUCUGACCAAGCAUCUCUGAAAAAUCGGCGGUUACCAAAGGGAUAUAUCUAUGUUCCUAUUGAUUACCUUUCGAAUGGGAAGCCGGUCAGGAAUAAUUCUGUUGAAAGAGAAGAAGUAGAUGAGUAGGGCUGAUAAUGAGGUAUUAUUUGCUCCAUGGCUUGUGCUUCAUAUGCUUCAUAUUGUUCGAUGCUCACGUGGUUGCAAUUGUUCCAAGCUUGAGCAUUGAAUUGAAUUGAUGCCUUUAAUGGAGGUUUGGGCUUCACCUCAUGAUAAGAGAGUUCUCUAAAUUUUGGCAUCAUUUGUUGUAUAUUCUUCGUUCUCAGAGCAAUUGUACAGUGGUGGGUAAGGGUUUGAUCUUUGAUUUGUGCUUCAAUUUUACUCCCUUUCUCUUUGCUGAUGGCAAGAUGCUUCAUUUGCACUUGCCCUUGUAACUGUAAGCAUGCAAGCUAGAAGGAAUUCACUUGCUGCUAAUGUUUUGUAAAGUUAGUGUAUAUAUCCUUAUAGUAGUAUAGUGCCUUCCGAAGAAAUGGCUCGGAUAUCAGAUCAAUACAAAAAUUAAAUUAUUUUUCUGACCA